CGAAGCUGGCCCUGCCUUGGGGCCUGGAGAGCUGUGGUCUCUGACCACAGCAUGGGCUGGGAGGAGGGGUCGGCUAAAACUCCGCAGGCCUAACGGCGCUGACGAACGGUACAGCCCUGGGUCUCAAGCUGGGCCUCAGGACAUUGGAGGGUAGAAAGCAGGAAGUGCUGGCUAGCCGGGGCUGCCCAAGGACUGGCAACAGGAAGUGUCGGGUGGGGAGGAAGCCCUGGUGGCCCCAGGCCCCAGAUGGAGCAGGCGGCUGUCAGCAGGAGGGAGUUGUGGGCCUGAGCAGCGCUCAGACAUGCCGGGGCAUCAGGCCUCCCCUGCCUGGGGGAGGGAGGCUGUGGAUCUGCCCUGUGACCCCUGAGUCACAUGGCCUCCCAGGGCCUCAGGACACCUGCCCCUAGCCCGUCCACAGACAGGAGCAGAGCCAUGUGCCGGGUCACUGCCUUCAGCUUCAUGGCGGCCGAAGAGAUGCACUGGCCUGUCCCGAUGAAGGCCAUUGGUGCCCAGAACUUGCUAACCAUGCCCGGGGGCGUGGCCAAGGCUGGCUACCUGCACAAGAAGGGUGGCACCCAGCUGCAGUUGCUCAGAUGGCCCCUGCGCUUUGUCAUCAUCCACAAGCGAUGCAUCUACUACUUCAAGAGCAGCACAUCUGCCUCCCCGCAGGGCGCCUUCUCCCUGAGCGGCUAUAACCGGGUGAUGCGGGCGGCUGAAGAGACAACGUCCAACAACGUCUUCCCCUUCAAGAUUGUCCACAUCAGCAAGAAGCACCGCACAUGGUUCUUCUCGGCCUCCUCUGAGGAUGAGCGCAAGAGCUGGAUGGCUUUGCUGCGCAAGGAGAUUGGCCACUUCCACGAGAAGAAGGAGUUGCCCCUGGACACCAGUGACUCCAGCUCGGACACAGACAGCUUCUAUGGUGCAGUCGAGCGGCCUGUGGACAUCAGCCUGUCCCCAUACCCCACAGACAAUGAAGACUACGAGCAUGAGGAUGAAGACGACUCGUACAUGGAGCCUGACUCCCCUGAGCCCAUGGAGCCCGAGGGUAGGUGGGCGACCUGUGAGCCUCGGGGGCUCCUGGGGCUGGAACCUGGGAGUGCCGGCCUGA